UCUAAAUUAAAGAAAGCAAAAGAAACGGCCAUAGAUUCAGCCAGAGAGAAGAAGAGAUGCCCCUUUGGCUUUGGCUAGAUUAGAUUUUGGUUUAGAUUUUCAUUCUGCCGCUACAAAACAAAACAAACAUAUCCCCACCAACCCCCCUCCUCCUCUUUUAAUCUUCUUUCAAAUAUGGAGGGAAGAAGAAGAAGAAGAAGAACCAGAACCAGUGUAGUGUAGUGUAUGAUUAGUUUACUUGCUUCCAAUCAUUGACACACAUAUCCAUCUAAAAUCCAAUCCAAUUAAAAAAAAAAAAAAACAACAUGAGUAGUAAUCAAAGUGGCGGCAGCAACCAGAGCAACUGGUUGGGAUUUUCUCUCUCUGCUCCAACAAUGGAGGAUUCAGCUCCUCCUCCCCAACACCCACAGCCUCAAGAUGAUCCUGCUGUCUCCUCUGCUGCUGCUGCACUUCCCAUUAACUUUUCUUCUGGUUUAGCCUUUCCAGGAAUCUACUACGGGGUCAUGGCGGAUAAUGCCGACUUGUACUCUCAUCUCACAGUCAUGCCACUCAAGUCUGAUGGAUCAUUGUGCUUGAUGGAAGCCAUCAACAGAUCACAUCCCCAAGCCAAACUGGAGGAUUUUUUUGGAGGAGCAACAAUGGGGGCCCAUAACUAUGAAGGGUGUAGUGAUGGAGGUAUGGCUCUAAGCCUGGACAGUAUGUACUACCAGCAUAACCCUGAAACCCACACCAACAACGGCCAAGAUUUUCUGGGCCAUCAUCAUCAUCAUCAGGAGGGUUCCAAGCAGCAACAAAUUCAGGUUCAUGAGUUCCCACACUACCCCCCGCCCCCAUUCAGGGGCCAAGAAAUGUACCAGGCAGGAGGAGAAGAUUGCAAUCUCCAGCUCCCAAGAAUGGCUGACGACAUGAAGAACUGGGUGCCGAGAAACUAUUCGGACAGCCAGGGAUUGCAGCAGAAAAUGGGGAUUUGUAUUGACGACAAUGUCGAGGAUUCUGCUUCUGCUUCUGCUGCUGCUGCUGCUGCUAUGGGUUCGAUGGGGUAUGGCGAUUUGCAGUCUCUGAGCUUGUCGAUGAGCCCUGGCUCCCAGUCAAGCUGUGUCACAGGUUCACAGCACAUCCCACCAGCCAUGGCUGAAUGCUUAGUUUUGGAUAACAAGAAAAGGGGCCCUGAAAAGGUUGAUCAGAAGCAGAUUGUUCAUAGGAAAUCCAUUGAUACAUUCGGACAAAGAACCUCUCAGUAUAGAGGUGUCACAAGGCACAGAUGGACAGGCAGAUAUGAGGCGCAUCUAUGGGACAACAGCUGUAAGAAGGAGGGCCAGAGCAGGAAGGGAAGACAAGUUUAUCUAGGAGGGUAUGAUAUGGAAGAAAAGGCUGCAAGAGCUUAUGACUUGGCAGCACUCAAGUACUGGGGGCCUUCAACACAUAUCAAUUUUCCAUUAGAGAAUUAUCAUCAAGAGCUUGAAGAUAUGCAAAACAUGAGCAGACAAGAGUAUGUUGCUCACUUAAGAAGGAAAAGCAGUGGAUUCUCUAGGGGAGCUUCGAUUUACAGAGGAGUGACAAGCAGACAUCAUCAGCACGGCCGGUGGCAAGCCCGAAUUGGCCGCGUGGCCGGAAAUAAGGAUCUUUACCUCGGCACAUUCAGCACACAAGAAGAAGCUGCCGAGGCUUAUGAUGUGGCUGCGAUUAAAUUUCGAGGCGUCAACGCAGUGACGAACUUCGACAUAUCGCGGUACGACGUGGAGAGGAUCAUGGAAAGCAAUGGCCUCAUCUCUGGUGAAAUGGCGCGCCGCUGCAAAGACAUUGUCUCUUGUAACGACAGCAGGAUAUCUUCUCCUAGGAUCAAUGUGGAAGAAAAAGACAGCAAAUGUGGGAUGCCCGAUUUUAAGGAUCCGAGUUUCUCCGUCCCUGUCGAUGAAAUGAUGAUGAGCUCGCGCCAACCGCAAAACGUGAAUGAGCCGUCGCUGCCAGCGGCAGCGGGGAAGAUGAUGAGUUUGAGCUGCUCUAGGGAGGGCAGUCAAGAGAAGAAUGCCGUUUUGCCGGUGCAGUUUGCGUUUCCGUCUCCGAUUGCGUCGAAGUUUUUCCCGAGCACAGCGACGACGACGGCGUGGAUGGCUGCGCCGUCGCCGGGGGUGGCUCAGAUGAGGCCUCAGGUGCCAUUGUUUUCUGCAUGGACUGAUGCAUGAUCGAUCUUAUGAUGUAUUGCUGCUUUAGUUGGUGGAUUGGGGAGUUUUGGGAGAUUAAUGAAUUUUUAAAUCUUUUAAUGAAAUUUUUAUUACGUCGUAUGUCGAGCUUUGUUCUGUGGUAAGUGCAAGGAAGAAGAUGAUGAAGAUUUGGGAAUGGCAGCUGAAUUGAACGUCAACAAGAACAGUGGAUGGAUGAGACAGAUGCAAAAUAGCCCAAGAAGUUGACUUGAUGGUUGGAUUAUCAUGUCAUAAUUAAUAGGAAUGUCAUUUCAACGAGUCUGUAAUUUUUAGACAACCACCAUUUCUAUAUAUGAGAGACCGUUGAGGGUGAA